UUUGAGCAGCAGAGCAGCAUGGAUGAAGAAGAGACUGACGGGUCCUCUCUGCUGAAUCUCCUCCCCGUGGUGCCUGUCCAGGUGCAUCUGCUGACUCCGCCCAACUUGUUGUCCUCCCAGAUGUCUAUGUCGCGUCCAUCCACCUCGUUGUCUUCCCAGAUGUCUAUGCCGCGUCCAUCCACCUCAUUGUCCUCCCAGAUGUCUAUGCCGCGUCCAUCCACCUCAUUGUCCUCCCAGAUGUCUAUGCCGCGUCCAUCCACCUCGUUGUCCUCCCAGAUGUCUAUGCUACAUCCAUCCACCUUGUUGUCCUCCCAGAUGUCUAUGCCACAUCCAUCCACCUCGUUGUCCUCCCAGAUGUCUAUGCCACGUCCAUCCACCUCGUUGUCCUCCCAGAUGUCUAUGCCACGUCCAUCCACCUCGUUGUCCUCCCAGAUGUCUAUGCCGGGACCAUCCACCUCAUUGUCCUCCCAGAUGUCUAUGCCGUGUCCAUCCACCUCGUUGUCCUCCCAGAUGUCUAUGCCGCGUCCAUCCACCUCGUUGUCCUCCCAGAUGUCUAUGCCGCGUCCAUCCACCUCGUUGUCCUCCCAGAUGUCUAUGCCACGUCCAUCCACCUCAUUGUCCUCCCAGAUGUCUAUGCUUUGUCCACCCAACUCGGUGCCCGUCCAGAUGUCUAUGCUGUGUCCACCCAACUCGGUGCCCGUCCAGAUGUCUAUGCUGUGUCCACCCAACUCGGUGCCCGUCCAGAUGUCUAUGCUGAAUCCGCCCAACUCGUGGCCUUCCCAUAUGUUAAUACUGUGUCCGCCCAACUCGGUGCCUGUCCAGGUGUCUAUGCCGACUCCAUCUGCCUCGUUACCCUCUCAGAUGUCUAUACCGACUCCGCCCAACUCCUUGCCCCCUCAGAUGUCUAUACCGACUCCGCCCAACUCGUUGCCCUCUCAGAUGUCUAUACCGACUCCGCCCAACUCAUUGCCCCCCCAGAUGCCUAUGCUGUGUCCGCCCAACUCGUUGCCCUCCCACAUGUUAAUAAUGUGUCCCCCUAACUCAGUGCCUGUCCAGGCGUCUAUGCCGGCUCCAUCCACCUCGUUGCCACCCCAGAUGUCCAUGUUGUGUCCAUCUACCUCGUUGCCACCCCAGAUGUCUAUGCUGUGUCCGCCCAACUCAGUGCCUGUCCAGGUGUCUAUGCUGAAUCCACUCAACUCAUUGCCCCCUCAGAUGUCUAUGCUGUGUCCACCCAACUCGUUCCCUGUCCAGGUGACUAUGCUGACUCCAAACACCUCGUUCCCUGUCCAGGUGACUAUGCUGACUCGGCACACCGUUGCCCUUCCAGAUGUCGAUGCUGACUCCGCCCAACUCGUUAACCCUCCAGGUGUCUCUGGCGAUUCCGCCCACCUUGUUGAUGAUCCAGAUGACUAUGCUGACCCUACAGACCUCGUUGACCCUUCAGGUGCCUAUGGUGACUGCACCCACCUCAUUCCCUGUCAAGGUGUCUGUACUGACUCCGCCUCCUUCCUGCCAUUCCGGGUGCCUGUGAUGAUUCCGCCCCCUUUUCGCUCCUCCAGCUCAUCUCCUGAGCAGAUUUUUCACCACUGUCACGAGAGCAGCGAGGAUGCGGGCGGCAGAUUCCCCUGAAUGUCAAGCCAGCGGAAGUUGGAGAGGAAGAGAGCGGAGCCCUGUCACAGUAAAAGCCUGCAGUUCGGAGGCGCGAUAAGGAAUGGAAGCAUCUAAAACUAGGUAAAGAUGUAAAAUGUAUAUGUAAUAAAACAACAGAAAAUCAAAUGUAACACAAUUAAAAAGAUGAAUGCAAUUCCAAGUCCUGUACGUAAAAAUAUUAAAAGCUCACAGGUGCA